CAGAACUGGCAUAAUCACCUGUGAGCAGAAUCAACAUAAAUACAGCAAGAUGUGCUGUGCAGGGUUUCUGAAGAUAAUGAUGUUCAUCUUCAAUGGUGUAAUCUUUAUCUGUAUUGCAGGGAGUCGACCAACUUCUGGCACCUCUGAACAGUUGGCAGGAGGUACCAUCCUGGGCGUUGGGAUCUGGGUGACAGUAGACAGCAGUUCUAUAGUUGGUGUAUUAUCUCAGAUUAAGGAUGCGCCACCUGAGUUAGCACAGCUAGCUAACGUUGGCUACUUGCUAAUCGCUGUGGGGUCUAUCCUUGCUCUCAUGGGGUUCCUGGGCUGCUGUGGAGCUGUAACUGAGAGCAAGUGCAUGCUUCUGACUUUCUUUAUCAUCGUGCUAAUCAUCUUCAUUGCUGAGGUGGCCGGGGCCAUUGUGGUGCUAGUGUUCAAGCCCUUGGCAGAUGAACUAUUGACCAGUUUGAAUCAGAAAUUUGUGGAAAAUAUUAAGUCAGAUUAUGGACAAGAUGACAGCUUUACGACUGUGCUGAAUAACACAAUGAUUCAGCUAAAAUGUUGCGGAUACAACAACUACACCGACUUUGAUGGAUCCCCAUUUGUAGAGUCUACCAAAAAUUACCCCCCAACCUGUUGUGGAAAGACUUCAUUAUGUGAUUCAGCUGAAGCAGAGGCAAAGGAUGUUCAGGGCUGUUUUAAUGCUCUGGUAAAACUGAUUGAAGAUAAUGCUGUCUUGCUGGGAGGCGUGGCUCUUGGAAUUGCCGCUCUAGAGAUUGCUGCGAUGGUGGUCUCAAUGACCCUGUACAAUAAUGUGGGGAAACAACUGCACUGAUGUUCACAUUUCAUCUCUUUCACUUUGGCUAAAAGCACCUGCUGUUGACAACACAGCUGCAAAUUUCAUAAGCACAUACUCUCAUGAGCACACUUAUAUAAUCAUUUUAAAUCAAUAAUAUUUGAUUGAUAAUAAUGAUUUGGUAACAUGUAGUUCAGUUCUUUUCUGAAAUUAACUUGUUUAGGAUUUUUAGGAAAAAAUAGUAAGACAAAAUCUUUGGAAAUUAAUAUUUUAUAAUACAUUGAUGUUCAAGAUCAUUAAAAUGUUUUCUUAUUUUUGAGCGUUCAUAAUAACUGUCAGAAGCAUACUACAGAGACAAAACAAUGACACACAACUGCUAGUUUCUUCACAUAAAUUCUGUUAUAAUCCGCUCUUACCUUGUUACUUUCGUUUUCUAUGGUUAUAUUUUCAUUUGUAUUUUCCGCUUGUGUACUUUGUUAGUUCUGUUAUCCUCCGUUUUAUUUUUCGUUAAAGUUUAUUUCGGACUUUCGCUUUUUGUUCUUGUUAGAUAUGUGUGUGUGUUUUUGCCUGCCCGGCUUCCUUCUCCCCCCAGCGGCUUGGAGCGGUACUGUCCCCAGAAAUUGCAGUGGAAGCCAGCCAAUGGAUCGCUGGAGGGCGGACCUCACUCACCUGUGCCUCAUUUUCCAUCUAAUCAGCUACCGCUUAUAAACGCCGGCUUUUUCACCACCCGUCGCCAGAUUGUCUGCUUGUCACCGCGCCCAGCGAUCCAUUCAUCAUCUGGUUUCCCUGUUGGUUCCUGGACUUGGCUCCUAGCCCCUGUGACCCUGGUUCAUCUUCCACUACCACCCCUGCACUCCUGUUGGUUCCUGGACUUGGCUCCUAGCUCCUGUGACCCUGGUUCUUCUCCCACUGCCACUGCUUGUUCCGCCUAAGCUCUGGACAGUGUUGAACACCAACCCCUCUUGUUCCUGGACUCAGAUCAUAGCUCCUCUUUACCCACAGUAUUGCUCCAGCCGCUUUAGUGUCCUCUGUUUGGACCUAUCACCAUUUCCCCUGUUUGUCUGAAUCUCAAUAAAUAUUCAUUGUCAACUUGA